AGGAACUUGCAGAUCGAGCGAGAGCAGAGAGAGCCCUUGAUAAUGCUCUUUCCAGGAGUUCCCUGCCUGGCGACCGAUGACGCUGCCUGGGCUCGGAGGCGGAUUGGACGCUCGCGGGGCGGAGAGGUGGAGUGGGCGGGGCUUUGCAGGAGUUUCUCCCGGGGCUGAGCGGAGAAAGUCCCAUUUGGGAGUCUUCGGGGGCGAAGAAGAGAGAAGGAUGGGGGGCUCCGGCGCUGCGCCUUUGGCCUUUGGGGGGCUCCUGCUGGGGAUGGGAGCGCUGGUGGUCUCCGCUUCGGAGGGGCUGGGCGUGGAGGCGCCUCCAGAGCAUUUCCUGUACAUGGGGAAGUUUGAGUGCCACUUCUCCAAUAGGACGCAGUGGAUCCGCUUCCUAGAAAGGCACUUCUUCGACCGGCAGGAGCUCAUGUACUUCGACAGCGACCGAGGGAAGUUCGUGGCUGUGGCAGAACUGGCGGAGUCCCAAGUCAAGAGUUGGAACCAGGACAAGGACUUCCUGCAGAGCAGGAAGGCCGCCGUGGAUUCCGUCUGCCGGUACAACUACGGGAUCUUUGAUCCCUUCUCCCAGUCCCGGCACGUCCAGCCCAAGGUGAAGAUCACCCCCACAGACAACGUUGAAUCUUCACCACACAACACUCUGCUGAUUUGCACCGUGAACCGCUUCUUCCCUGCGGGGAUCGAGAUCAAGUGGUUCAGGAACGGGAAGGAGGAGCCCAAAGUGUGGACCACAGACCUCAUCCGGAACGGGGACUGGACCUUCCAUAUUGAGGUGAUGCUGGAGACAAAGCCAGAACGUGGAGACGUCUACACCUGCCAGGUGGAGCACGCCAGCUUCGAAGGCCCCGUCACAGUCCAGUGGGAGCCACAGUCGGACUCUGCCAGGAGCAAGAUGUGGACGGGGAUUGUGGGGAUUGUGCUGGGGCUGGUCUUUGGGGCCACUGGACUCGCCCUUUACCUGAAAAACAAGAAAGGACUCAUCAGAUAGACUUCACUGCUUCAUCAGGAUCCUGGGAUGUGGAGAAGCUCUUUUCCUCCUGCCAGUUGCCCUCUGUCCUUGCUAAGAGGGUGGAAAUCUCCUUGGAAGGUGGAUGGAAGGAGUCACAGAUCAAGAAGGACAGUGUCCACCCCUCCCCCACCUCUGUUGCUUGCUUGUCAUUUGCGGAAAGUUUCGUUUUCUGUUUCCCUUUCCGCUUGUGGAUUGCAAGUUAUGGCAACCUGAUUCCUUCUUUGCACCUCUCUGCUAGAGAAUUUGUGCCUUGAAUCUCCCUGGAGGAGCCUGAGCUGUCCCUGAAAACAACCAUGAAUCUCAUCAGACUGCCAGGACUGGUCCUUCAAGCCCUGAUGGGGAGACUCACAACUGAAUUGGGGAGGCCUGCCAAGAAUCACAGGAGGCUGGUGAGGGGCAAACACUCUGGGUAGUUUGUUAUUUCACUUCAUAAACCUUAUACAUCACUUAAUUGUGGGGGGAAAGCAACACCUCAAAGUGCUAUGCAAAAAGAUAAACCAGGAGAAAAAUUGCCACAGUGCUUUAAAGCACAAACACA